AUGGAGCCGGGCAACAUGGACAACCUGUCCAUCGUGUACCGGAGCCGGGCCUUCCUGGUAGUCAACAAGCACUGGGACAUUCGCAUCGACAGUAAGACGUGGCGGGAGACGCUGACGCUGCAGAAGCAGCUGAGGCACCGCUUCCCCGAGCUGGCUGACCCUGAUACCUACUACGGCUUCAGGUUCUGCCACCAGCUGGACUUCUCCACCAGCGGAGCGCUCUGUGUGGCCCUUAGCAAGGCAGCGGCCGGCAGUGCCUACAGGUGCUUCAAGGAGCGCCGGGUCACCAAGGCCUACCUGGCACUGGUGCGGGGGCAUGUGCAGGAGAGCCACAUCACCAUCAGCUACGCCAUUGGCAAGAGCAGCGCCGAAGGCCGGGCCCACACCAUGUGCAUCGAGGGCACACCAGGCUGCGAGAACCCGAAGCCAAGCCUCACAGAGCUGGUGGUCCUUGAGCACGGGCUGUACGCAGGAGACCCCGUCUCCAAGGUGCUGCUGCAACCACUCACAGGCCGGACGCACCAGCUGCGUGUGCACUGCAGUGCCCGUGGCCACCCCGUGGUGGGCGACUUGACGUACGGGCGGGACGGGGGCCGGGAGGAGCGGCCCUUCCGAAUGAUGCUGCAUGCCCUCUACCUGCGGGUGCCCACGGACACCGAGCGCGUGGAGGCCUGCACGCCAGACCCUUUUGUGCCAGCCCUGGACGCCUGCUGGAGCCCCCACACCCUGGUGCACCCCCUCAACCAGCUCAUCCAGGCCCUGCGGGUGGCCCCUGACCCUGACCCCAUGUCUGGGGGCCGCCGGCCCUGCAGCCCCGCUGCGCCCCGCCCUGUGACCCCCAAGACCGAGGCCUCCUGCCUGCAGUGGCUGCUGGAGUGGACACUGGAACCAGACAGCUGA